AUGGGCCGCAACAUGGCGCUUCCCCUGCUCCUGGCGCUGGCGGCCCUAGUGGCGUCGCUGCCGUCGGGUUCCGUCGCGACGGCGGGGACGGCUGGUGCGUUCGACAGCUGGUUGUCGGCGAACCAGAAAGACUUCGCGAUCAACCAGGCGUUGUACGCGAAGAAGGCGGUGGGUGACACCGGCAGCACCAUCGACGAGUCCCUGUCCAAGGCGGAGGAUAACAAGACCACCUACGUGGUGGACCCCAAGGGCGGUGGUGACUACAAGACCAUCACGGCCGCGAUCGACGCCAUCCCGGAGGGCAACACCGGUCGCGUAAUCCUGGACCUGAAACCCGGCGAGUACCGUGAGAAGAUCUUCCUCAACCUCAGCAAGCCCUACGUGACUUUCAAGUCCGAUCCCAAGAACCCGGCCAUCAUCGCCUGGAGCGACACCGCUGCGACGCUAGGGAAAGACGGGAAGCCGGUGGGCACGGUGGGGAGCACCACCUGCGCCAUCGAGUCCGACUACUUCGUGGCGUACGGCGUCGUGUUCAAGAACGACGCGCCACUGGCCAAGCCGGGGGCCAAGGGCGGGCAGGCGGUGGCGCUGCGUACGUUCGGCACCAAGCAGGCCUUCUACAACUGCACCAUCGACGGCGGGCAGGACACGCUGUACGACCACAAGGGGCUGCACUACUUCAAGGACUGCGUGAUCAAAGGGAGCGUGGACUUCAUCUUCGGGUUUGGGAGGUCCUUGUACGAGAACUGCCGCAUCGUGUCCAUCGUGAAGGAGAUCGCCGUUCUCACGGCGCAGCAGCGGACCAAGACCAUCGAGGGCGCUAUCGAGAGCGGGUUCUCGUUCAAGAACUGCAGCAUCAUGAGCGAAGGCGGGGGGGAUAUCUAUCUUGGCAGGGCGUGGGGGGACUCGUCGCGUGUCAUCUACGCCUACACCGAGAUGAGCAAGGAGGUGGUGCCAGUUGGAUGGGACGGAUGGAACAUCAAGCAGCCUGAGAGUAGCGGGAUCUACUACGGCGAGUUCAAAUGCAGCGGGCCGGGGUCGGACGCGAGGAAGAGGGUCGGGUGGGCUGUGGAUCUCACCGAGGCCCAGGCCAAGCCCUUCAUCGGCACACACUACAUCUUCGGCGACUCUUGGAUUCUGCCACCGCCAACUGGGAACUCUCCUCCCUCUAAAAAAGGCUCCAGUGGAGGAGCCCCCGCCACAUCUCCCGCCUCAUCGCCCGAGUCGGCAGAUUCAGCCUCAUCGCCCGAGUCGGCGGAUUCAGCCGCGUCGCCCAAGUCGGCGUCCUCAGCCUCGUCGCCCAAAUCCGCCUACUCAGCUGCAUCCAAGACGAAGAAGAAAGAAUUAUAGAGGAAGAAGAUCUGACUCUUCUUCGUGUGUUAGAGACAACGCUUCACCAUCUUGCUCUGCAAGAGGCUAAUUGGCUUCGAUCCAUCGGGCUUUAGGACCAGACAGCAUGCAUCCCUAGAUGAGCUUAUUUUCAUAGUUUCUUCAGGGUCGAAAUGAAACACGUACUGCUCAAGAUUGAGAGAUAGAGACUUCAUAUUUUAGAUAUUUCCGUAUUCUCUUCUUUUUAUACCUUCAAAUUGUAUGUACUGAAGGCAACCAGUGCACCUGAUUCAACUGUUUUUAGUUUGGCGACUGUGAUUCUGCCAUAUAGAGAUAUAGUACUAGUACAUCGCACGUGCCAUGCACGUGUAGGUUUAAGGAUUAUUAUUCUGAUGAAAAAUGUUGUGCCUUCAGAGUGAUUGAAGGCAUUUUUGUUUA